UCCCUCUCCAUGCCCAGCUGCUUCAGGAGUGUUCAGUGACUUCCUGCCCACACUCAGAAGCUAACUGCUGCGGUCAGAGUCAUGGCACCCCGGGCUCUGCUGCCCAUCCUGCUCUUGUGUGUGCUGCUGCUGCAGGUCCAGGGAGGGCCCCACAACCGCCACCAGAGGACCCAGCUAAAAAUCCAGGCCUGUGAGAAGCGGCCGAGCAUACAUCUGUGCAGUCGCCUCUGUGAAUAUCACCAGGAGUGUCAAGCCAAUAACAUAUGCUGCUCAACCUUCUGCGGAAACAUCUGCAUGAGCCUCCUGUGAGUGGGGGGCUGGGCUGUGACUGCUUGCUCCCUCUACCCUCUCCUCAGACACCUGUGCCCAUGACUGAAGCGUGAAGACGACAAACUCUGGCCAUCAGCAGGAAUGUUGCCCUCCCUACUGUGUGAACUACUUGUCCCUGUCAAAUAAACCAGGGCAAGUCCAGGGACCCUUCCUGUACUGGAACUCCUGUAUUCAUUGCUAACCUAGUGCAGUGCCCGUACUU